GGCAACCUGUGAAGACCGCGAGCCACGUAACCAAGCCGAUAGAUUUCCACUUCUGCACGGAUGAGCGGAUUAAGCAGCACGGCGAAAGUCAGCCAGGCCCAGAGUAUAAGGAGAUGGAUUUCGCAGCCGCCCUGAGGAGACACCCGCCUUCUCCGUCCCGGGUGGGAAAGGGACCCACAGUCCCGAAGCCGUUCAAUCUCUCCUGCGGCAACAAGCGGAAGCUGGAUGAGCCCCCCACGGAAUAUGUCUCGCUGGCCCAGCAGGUGGAAAGCUUUCAGAAACGCACUCCCCUGCGGUACCAUCUGCGAAGCAGGAAGGAAGAGGAAGGCACAGGUCCAAGCAGGCCCUUAAAACCCAGACUGACCAACCCCAAAACUCCCCGCCUUGAAACCAAGAACCGCUCGAGACCUGUGACUUGCAAGAGCACUGUUGAGCUGGAAGACGAGGAGGUUGCAAAACUUCAGCA